CAUCUCUGCUGUCAGUCAGGGGCAGAGCUGCUCUGGGGAGGUCAAGGCUGGAGCUGUACCCCACAUCCCCUCGGCUUCUUCCUCUGAUAAACUUCCAGGAGAGCGACUACACUUGCUCUUCUGGAACCUUGGAGUCGGGAGCUCCACUGGGAGGAAGGCUGCAAGAGCCACAGCGUGUGUGAGGGCUUUCAAGCCUCUGUUCCUUGAGCAGUGACUGCUCCUUGGCUGAGUGGGAUGUUCCAGUACUCAUUUUUCUGCAUCUGCUUUGUCAUCCAGCUCCAGCCAGUGUCUUCGAUGGCCCUGGACCCCUGCUCUGCCUACAUCAGCCUCAACGAGCCCUGGAGGAACACGGAUCACCACAUCAACGGCUCCCAGGGGCAGCCGACGUGCGACAGCCAGAUCGACGGGGAGUGGUACCGCUUCACGGGCAUGGCGGGCGACGCCAUGCCCACCUUCUGCAUCCCCGAGAACCACUGCGGCACCCACGCUCCCAUCUGGAUGAACGGCAGCCACCCGCGGGAGCAGGACGGCGUCGUCCAGCACCAGGCCUGCGCCAGCUUCAACGGGAACUGCUGCCUCUGGAACACCACCAUCGACGUCAAGGCCUGCCCGGGCGGCUACUACGUGUACCACCUCUCCAAGCCCAGCGUGUGCUUCCACGCCUACUGCGGCCAUUUUUAUGACAUCUGUGAUGUGGUGGAUUGCCAGGGCCCCUGCCUGGACACCAGUGACUGCACCUGUUCCCCAGGGACAACACUAGGACCUGAUGGACAGACAUGCCUUGAUGAAAAUGAGUGUGAGCAGAACAAUGGAGGCUGCAGUGAGUUCUGUGUGAACCUGAAGAACUCCUACCGCUGCGAGUGCGGGGUCGGGCGCACGCUGGGCAGCGAUGGCAGAACCUGUGAAGAAAUCGAAGGCUGUCACAACAACAACGGAGGCUGCAGCCAUACCUGUAUUGAAGUGGAAGACACCUACCAGUGUGAAUGUCCAAGGGGACUUGUUCUAUCAGAAGACAACCACACUUGCCAAGUUCCAGUGCUGUGCAAGUCGAGUUCUAUCGAGGUGAACAUCCCAAAGGACCUGGUUGGAGGCCUGGACCUUUCCCUCAUCAACACUUCAUGCAAAGGCGUCUCCAACGGCACUCACGUCAACAUCCAUUUCUCCCUGAAGUCCUGUGGGACUGUUGUAGAUGUAAUAGAUGACAAGAUCAUUGCCACCAACCUGGUGACUGGCUUGCCGAAGCAGACCCCGGGCAGCAAUGGGGACAUCAUCGUGCGCACCAGCAAGCUGCUGAUCCCGGUGACCUGCGAGUUCCCGCGCCGCUACACCAUCUCCGAGGCCUAUGUGCCCAACCUCAAGAACUCGCCCCUGGAAAUCAUGAGCCGCAACCAGGGCAUCUUCCCUUUCACCCUGGAGAUCUUCAAAGACAAAGACUUUGAUGAACCCUACAGGGGGGCUCCUCCCACCCUCAAGCUUCGGGACUCGCUGUACUUUGGGAUUGAGCCCUUGGUGCACGUCAGUGGACUAGAGACACUUGUAGAGAGCUGCUUCGCCACUCCCACCUCCAAAAUCGAUGAGAUCCUCAAGUACUACCUGAUUCAAGAUGGCUGCGUGUCCGAUGACUCCGUGAAGCAGUACACGUCAAAGGACCAUCUUGCCAAGCAUUUCCAGGUUCCUGUGUUCAAGUUCGUGGGCAAAGACAACAGGGAGGUGUUCCUGCACUGCCGCAUCCUGGUGUGCGGGGCCCUGGACGAGACGUCCCGCUGCGCCCAGGGCUGCCGGAGACGCGCGCGCAGGGCGGCCGAGGAGGAGGAGGAGGAGGAGAAGGGAUCUGUUCGUGUGGCAGAGGAGGAGAAGGGAUCUGUUCAUGUGGCAAACCACGUCCUGACAGGGGGCCCCAUCAGAAUCGACUUUGACGACUGACACCCACCCUCUGGAACAGCAUCUCCGACUGAGGGCGGCCUUCCUUAUCAGUGCCUUCCUUAUCAGUGCCUUCUGCCAUGGCUGUUUGGGAAACAAGAGGUAUUUGGCAAAGCCCCACUUGCACCUCAGGACUCAUUUCCCUAACCCUAUGAUGAUUAUUUGUGUUUUGGACACCCGGACUGCAGAAUGGUUUGGUUUUACCUGCGUUUCUUCCCAGCAACCCUUUGGCUGGAGGGACCCUGUUGCUUUGCAGACCGGAAGCGUUUCCCAGCUUUGUCUUUCCCUACAUCCACCUACAGGCUCUAGGACUGUUUGUCCUUGGCUAAACAAAUGUUAUCCAAGGCCUUCUUGCAUCAGACAGUACAAAUAGUAUCGUAGCUGAAUGUGUUUGCUGUGCAGUUCUGUGAGCGAUGCUGAAGCUUCUGGGUGACUGUUAAUAAAAACAAGUAUAAAAUAUUCUAUCUCAUCAUUUGUAAAUUCCCUGGAGCUGUACAAUUGUCGUUACAGGCAGCCAAAGCUCAGCUCUAUCACAGGCACAUUUAAAUGUUAUUUUUAAAAGUGAAAGGUAUUUAAUAAGAUUUGAUUUUUUAGUGUCUUUUGGUAAUUGCAUGCAGUUUAAUAGUGUUUCUGCCUAUAUUUAGUGUAUCAUUAUUUUUCUCCCUCUUCUCCCACCACCAAAAGUGCCUUUGCUAAGUGCUCUGGCACCUUGAUUGUAAGAGAAGCACCAUUAAACAUCUAUAAACACCCCC